AUGGCAAUGCAGUGGAUCGCCGAGAACUUGGGAAAGAAUGUGGAAGAAGACUCGAUCCGAUCCGUGCUCAAUAAGGGAGAUCUCAAUGAGGGUUUCCACACCUUUGACGACGGGGAGCUGAACAAGCUCGUACGACCAGGAUUUGGUUUGGGUGUCAAUGCUAUGCCCGAGAAAAUGUUUCCCAGCGCGGUGCUCGAUUGGACCGCCAUCACAUUGACGUACUCGGAGCUGGCCAUCAUGUGGUUCAUCGAGCAAAUCACCAACAAACCGGAUUGGCACGUGAAAGUCUUCAACGAUGACAUCGCUGCUAAAUGGAAAGCCGAAGUCAUGGCUGUUGACUGGGCUUCAGUGGGCCUGAAAUAUGCUCACUUUGAUGACGACAUGUUCGAAUGGUCUCUCGAGGAGCUCCGACAAAAGGCCAAGCUGUACGAAGCCACAGGGAUCAUUCCGGUCUUUGAUUACUCGGCCGCUGUGAUCAAGUCCGACAAUGCUCUGACGCCGGAAAUCAAGGAAGAGCUGAAGAAGGCUGUGGCCAUGCUUGAGGAUGUCCCGGAUGCACACAAGGAUUGGCACCCCGGUAGCGAUGAGAAGGUUCUUGACCUUGUUCACCCUUCGCUUUGGCCGCUUGCCUACGGCACGACCCGCAUCCUAUCUGACAAACGGAUCCCAUUGGCGGACACAAUGAAGUACUGCGGCAGAGGAGACGUCAUCCCGACUCCUGACGAAGAUGUGGACCUAUGCUGGUCUACCAAGUUUCAGUGGCUUCCUUGCGAGGUCGAGCUCGACGAUGACAAACCUCGAAUUACAAGUUACAUCAACAAUCUACAUCCCACCAAGCAUGCGGAUCUGUAUUCGGUGAUCGAAAAAGUGCUGGGUAAGGUCGUGCCCCUCUGGGAUGUCGUUCACCGAUGGCCCGAGGAGUUCGAAGUCCAACGCCUGUUGAUGCCCAAGGUUGGGAGGUGUUGCACUACCCCCGAGAUCUGCAACAAAGGUCCUUACUGGUGCCGCCCUGAAUCCCGCCCCCAGGAGUCGGAUGAGCAGCCCCGCGAAGAGGACGAGUACAAUGACGACUAUGAAGAUAGCGACGACGAACCUGAAUCCCUGACUUGGCGCAGAGACAAGAUCUGGUACAACGCAACUCAUCCUCUCUCACGCCCGAAUAUUCCUCCCUACACACGAAUGCCCAUUACUGGCGAAGAUGUCAGGUUGCAAAAUGGGUUUUUCGAUAAUGCUGAGCGGAUUCAAGUCAUCGUGAAGCUUGCAAAUAUCCAUCUCACUCCAGAGAAGCCGACUUACGACGGUGGCUCUUGGCACAUCGAGGGCCUACUAAAUGAGCACAUCUGCGCCACGGCCCUGUAUUACUACGACAAUGAAAAUAUUACGGAGAGCCGACUCGCCUUCCGAACCAAGUCCAACAGGGAAGAUCUCAUGUCGGAACUCCAGUACGAGCAGAGCGACUUCUACUCUAUCGGAAGGACCUUUAGCAUCGACCCCUCGGGCAACACUAUUCAGGACCUCGGCAGUGUACUCACUCGCGAAGAUCGCCUCAUUGCUUUCCCGAAUGUUUAUCAGCACUGCGUAGCCCCCUUUGAGCUCGUCGACAAGACAAAGUCAGGCCAUCGCAAGAUCCUAGCGCUGUUCCUUGUAGACCCAGACGUCCCCAUCAUUAGCACCGCCAACGUGCCACCGCAGCAGAAACACUGGUUUAGAGACGAGGUGACUACGGGACCGAUGCCUCCUGAGAUUAUCGACAUGGUAUUUGAGAACCUCGAAAUUCCGUUUGGUCUCAAGAAAGCCAAAGAGAUGAGAUUGGAGGUCAUGAAGGAGAGAACAACAGUUGGGGAUAACACAAACCAUCGUGUUGGCUCGAAUGAUUUCAAUUUUUGCGAGCACUAG